AUGAAUGAUAAACCAUCCCAUCAACCUGGAGUCUUUGACUCUGAUAUCAAAGAUAAUGGCGAUAUAAUUGACCUCGACGCAGCCGUUCUGCGAGCACAAGGCCAUGAAGCGGAACUAGAACGAUCCUUUUCCUGGGUUGGAGCACUUGGCCUAGCAUUCAGUAUCGUCAAUUCCUGGUUGACAUACGCUGCCUGUUUUGGCGUCGCCUUCAGCUAUGGAGGGGGACUCACUGCAUCAUUCAGCCUGCUUUUAUCUGCUGUUGCACAAUGGAUUAUCCUUUUAGGCGUGGCUGAGUUGUCGUCUGCGCUUCCAUCUUCAGGGGGCCAAUACCACUUUACCUACAUCAUCGCCCCUUCAUACUUUAGAAAUGUUGCCGCAUAUAUCAUCGGAAUGGUAAAUAUCGUCGCCUGGUGGGUAAACACUGCAUCAGGGACGAUUUACGUUGCCAUCUCAGCCUUCGGUAUAGCGACGUUCCUCAACCCGGGGUUUUCGGGGACGCAGUGGCAGGUGUAUCUGGGCUAUGUACUUGCUAUUAUAUUGACGUUAAUCCCCGUCUUCGUUGUCCCUCAUCGACAUAUCGACUACUUAACAAAAACAUCCAUGUAUAUGUCCAUCUUCGGUUUCGUCAUGGUCGUCAUCGUCUGUCUAGUGAUGGGUCGAGGAACAUACCACGCAAAUAGCAUCGUCGAAUACCGUGGUAGCAGUGGAUGGGGUCCUGGUCCAGCCUGGCUGCUCGCAAUAGGAAAUGGCGAAUAUGCAUUUGCCGCUUGUGGUGCGUGUGUGCAUAUUGCCGAGGAAUUGCCUCAACCAAGUCGGCGAAUACCCCUUGUGAUAAAUCUAACCAUGGUCAUUGGGAUUCUCACUGCCGUGCCGUGGAUUGUUGCCAUGACCUCGGUGGUGCAGGAUAUGGAGGCCGUUCAGAACUCGUUUCUGCCUAGCUUGGAGUUGUUUUAUCAGGCGACUGGGAAUAGGGCAGUUGCUGCAUUCCUUCAGGUUUAUCUGACAUUUUUAUACUAUACUUGCGUCCUCAGUCAAUGGAUCACCUGCAGUCGAACAACCUGGGCGUUUUCCCGUGAUAACGGCCUCCCAUUCUCCAAGUACUGGUCCCACGUCGACACGAAAUACAACAUGCCCGUCCGAACAACCUUCCUCUCCGCCGGAUUCUGCGUGAUAUACGGUCUGCUAUACAUCGCCAGCACACAAGCCUUCAACUCCAUCAUCAACACUGCCGUCCUCAUGCUGAACAUCACAUACACCGUCCCGCAGGGCAUCCUUGCUACAUGUGGCCGAAACAGACUGCCCAAACGGCCGUUUAAUCUAGGAUAUGCUGGAUACGCGGUGAAUAUCUUUUCUGUGCUUUGGUUGAUUCUGAGUGGGAUAUUCUUUUGCUUCCCGACGACGAAUCCGCCCACGAUUGGGAAUAUGAAUUAUAAUUCGGUUGUUAUCUGUGGUAUUUUCGCCAUCAUCCUGCUGCUCUGGAUUGAGAGGCGGAAGAAGUUUUCAGGGCCAAACAUCAACUGGGAAUUGCUGGAUGCAACCAGGCAGUUACAGUGAUGUAUAUAACAUACCGCUAUCCAAAUAAAUACUGCAACUGCCCUGAUGCCUUGGUCUUUCUAUCAAUGACAUCUCCCCACCACGACGAAUCUGCCCAGAUCUCAUCUAGCAACGUUGGAACAGAAUUAAACAUGUUAU